AUGGUCACACCAUCCCUCACCAUCAUCAGGGUGAAGAACCAAAAGAAAUCAAAUUGACCGUUAAAGGUGAAGAAGAAGAGAGGUUGGUGAGUGGAGAUCAGCAGUCUAUGGAGGAGGGGGAGAUGAUUAUGAAAAGUAAACAGGAGGAAUCUUCUCUACAUAUGGACACAAAUGGAUCCAGUAAUGGGAACCCACCAGAGAGAUGUCCCCGUCCUCUGUAUUCCACACAGGAAGAAGAUCACACCAUCCCUCACCAUCAUGGGACUGAACAUGUAGAGCCAAUAAAAUGUGAAGAAUUGAAAAUCAUCAAAGUUGAGUUUAAAGAGGAAGAUGAAGAUGAAGAAAUGUUGAUGAUUGGAGAUCAGCAGUCUAUGGAGGAGGGGGAGAUGAUUAUGGAAAGUAAACCGGAGAAAUCUUCUCUGCCUAUAAACAUUGAUGGACAAUAUGGCUGCAAUACCCCUGAGGAACAUCGUAUUUUAUCUUCAGAUUGUAAUGCAGAAGAUAAUGACAAUGCACAAUAUUCCCCAGAAGAAAAUCUCGUUAAUCAAAUUACUCAUCACACCGCUUACUAUGUGAAGAGAUUAAUGGAUCCCUCUAAUCCUGAGGACUCCUCUGAUAAAUCACAUAUUUCAUAUACUGAAGGUUCUUUAGGCCAUGAAGUGGUUCAUACAAUGGAGAGUUCAUUGAUAGGAUUUGUAGUUAAGAACACUCUGACUGAAAACGGGACACUUUUCGAACAUCAGAGAAGUCGCUCGAGGAGUGGGCCUCCAUUUUCAUGUUCAGAAUGUGGAAAAAGCUUUACUGCAAAAAGAAACCUUCUGAGACACAAGAAAAAUCACAAGGGUGAGCGUCCAUUCCCAUGUUCAGAGUGUGGGAAAUGUUUUACUGUAAAAAGCAAUCUUCUUACACACCAGAGAAGUCACACAGGUGAGCGUCCUUUCCCAUGUUCAGAGUGUGGAAAACGUUUCAUUGAGAAAAAAACACUUCUUACGCACCUGAGAAGUCACAGGAGCGAGUAUCCUUUUUCGUGUUCAGAGUGCGAGAAAUGUUUCCUUCAGAAAGAAGACCUAUAUAAACACCAGAAAAUUCACACUGGCGAGCGUCCUUUUUUAUGUGCAGAAUGCGGGAAAUGUUUCUUUCACAGAUCAGACCUUCAUCGACACCAGAGAACUCACACAGGUGAAUGUCCCUAUUCGUGUUCAGAGUGUGGAAAAAAUUUCAACGACAAAGGAAACCUUCAUAAACAUCAGAAAAUUCACACUGGCGAGCGUCCAUUUCCAUGUUCAGAGUGUGGAAAAUGUUUCAUUAGUAAAGGAAAUCUUCUUAGACAUCAGAGAAGUCACACGGGUGAACGUCCAUUCCCAUGCUUGCUGUGUGGGAAAUCUUUCAUUGAAAACAAGGACCUUCAUAGACACCAGAGAAUUCACACAGGUGAACGUCCUUAUACAUGUUCAGAGUGCGGGAAAUGUUUUACUAAGAAAGAAAGCCUUCUCAGCCACCAAAAAAGUCACACCUGAAAGGAGUCAGAAAAGAGACCUCUAUAUAAACCACAGAUGUCACACUAUUCAUAUGAGAAAGUGGAACUAUUCUUGUUCAGUGUGUUGGAAAUGUUUCAUUCAGAAAAACUCACUUGUUAGACACCAGAGGAUGCUGGAAAUCCAAUAAGAAAUUGGAGUACACUCAGCUUAUGAUUUUUCUGAACAAUAUACAGUGGCACUUUCAGUCCAAGAAAUAAAAACUAUAUAAUUUAAAAAAAUAUAUAGGUGAUAUCUG